CCCUCUUCCUCCCAAAAUCUAGAAAUGGGCAACGACAGAAACAAAUCCCCGGCAAUUGAUGUCGCCGCCGCUCCCUCCAACCGCCGCCGCCGCCAUAAAUCCGAUUUUGAAUCCGAAUCCGAGCCCGAUCCGGACUCGGACUCCGACUCCGACCACGAUUCCAAAAAAAUCCGGAAACGAGCCAAGCGCCACAGUAAAACCCGAAGCUCGAGCUCCAAGAGGAGGCGGUCCAGGGAUUACUCCGAUUCCUAUACGUCGUCUUCCGCCUCCGAUGAGGACUCUUACGAUUCGGAGGACUCGUCUGACGAAGACGAGAGGAGGCGGCACAGGAGAGAGAAGAGGAGGAGAGAGGAGAAGAAGGAAAGGCGGAUGAGAGAGAAAGACAAGGAAAGGAAGAGGAAGAAGAGGGAGGAUGAGAAGAAACGGAAAGCCAAGAAGAAGAAGAAGGAGAAAGAGAAGGGGAAGAAAGGCGCCGUCACUAAUUUGUGGGGGAAGUAUGGCAUUAUUAGAGAGACUGAUAUGUGGAAUAAACGGCCUGAAUUUACCGCAUGGCUAUCAGAAGUGAAAAAGGUCAACCUGGAAAGUCUAGCCAAUUGGGAAGAGAAGCAGCUCUUCAAAGACUUCAUGGAAGAUCAUAACACAGCAACCUUCCCUUCUAAAAAGUAUUACAACCUUGAUGCUUAUUUCAAACAUAAAAUGGAAAAGGAAAUGAAAAAGGGAUUUGCUAAAGUGCAGGAGUCUGAGCGUACUGUAUUCAAUGAUGAAGAACAGCGAAGACUAGAACUGCAGAAAGAACGUGAAAGACAAAAGGAAGAACAGAUCCAAGCUUUACAGCAGUCAAUGCAGUCUGGGAUGGCUCAAGCAAUGAAAGAGCAAGCACAACUCAGGGAAGAGAUGGCAUAUCAAUACAAACUCGGCAACUUUGAGGCAGCAGCUGCUAUUCAGAGAAGAUUGGAUCCUGAUGUUGCUAUGUAAGGAGCUAUUUGAUGCUCCUGGGCAAAAUAGAUCUGAAGAAAAUGGUGUUACAUAGGGUUUGUGGGUUGCGGUCGGGCACCCCCUUUCAUAUUCAUCUUCGAAUUUCUGGGAUGUAGUAUUUGUAGAUUCCGUAGAUUAUGUGAGUUGAACCUGCAAUAGUGGAUAUGUUUAUUAAAUACAUGGUGUGGGAUCGCCUUUGAUGAUUUUUUGAUGGUUGUAGAUCCUUUAGUUACAGAUAUUGAAGCUGCUGACCAUAAAAAUAAUGGACAGGAAGGUUCAUAUUCCUGAAAGUUGACUUAUUUAACUGAAUUUUGGUAGUAUAAUUUAUUCCAUUACUCUUUGUUGGUAA